ACGCCUUUUAAUAUUGCUCGUUUCAUUAAUAUCAAUCAUUAGCCGAAAUCACCACAUUUGACAUCACCGUCAUCGGAGAUGAAUGAAGUAAAUUUAAGCACGAGUAACCUUAUCAGCUCGGACGAGGAAAAUGAAAACAUCGACGGAAAGGAGCCGACGAAAACACAGGAAGGUAAGGCAUCAUGGAUUUACCGGACAUUUAGAAAAAGAACCUGCCGUUGGUUUAUUCCAUCCAUUCAAAAUGAUCAUAGAUGCUGUUGUGGGCGCUUGAAGCAGCACCAUAACGGUGAAGCAUUGUUGUCAACUGGAAAAGCAGGAGACAUGUGGCAAGUGUCUAAACAUUCUUUCACCAAACCAACCAAUGCAUAUGGAGAACUGGAAUUUCAAGGGGCUGGGCAAGUCAGCCGAGCCAAGUAUAUCCGUGUAUCUCAGGACACGGACCCUGAAAUGGCUCUGCGCCUGCUCUGUAAGGAAUGGAAGCUGGACCUUCCCAAAUUACUUAUAUCAGUGACUGGGGGCGCAAAGAAUUUUGUGCUUCAUCCGAGACUGAAACAAGUGCUGAGGCAGGGCCUUCUUAAGGCUGCACAAACCACAGGAGCCUGGAUCAUAACUGGUGGCACCAACACAGGUGUAAUGCGUCACGUGGGGGAGGCUGUACGAGGUCACACAGUUAUGUCACGUGGUGCUCAACUGAAGGACAAUACCCAGCAAGUUCAUUUGAUUGGCAUAGCGACCUGGGGAAUUGUGGAUCACAGAAAAACUCUCGUCGAGCGAACGCAUGGUGUACCUGUGGUACUCCUGGUAUUAGAAGGAGGCCCAAACACCAUUCGCACAGUCCUAGAAUCUGUAGGAAGGAGUCCUGCUGUACCAGUAGUUGUUGCAGAAGGUAGUGGCCGAGCAGCAGACAUUUUGGCCUAUGCACAUCGGUUUAUUUCUCAGAGUAGCUGCGAUGGAGACCUUCAGGAAAUGGUAGAUGUUGUGGAACAUCACCAACUGUUCGUCAAAAUAGAAAAAGCUUUCCCUGAAUGUGAUGAGGAAGAAUGUCUGAAGAUCUACGAAAAUGUUCUGAGAUGCGUGGGAAACAAGAGAUAUAUCACAAUUUUCAGUGUGAACGAAGACGGGAUGGAUAUUGACCGGGCAAUUUUAAAAGCACUUUUAAAUGGUAAUUUAUCAUUCUCGCCUUCCAGCCGUACAGAAAGCACGGACUCUCUCGGUGUUAAAAAGAGAUGGAUGGAUGCGUCUGAGAGCCCCAUGGUAGAUCCCAGUUUAGGACGGAAGCUGUUCGAUUUUUAUCGGGCGCCCAUUACCAAAUUCUGGGGAAAUGUGAUUGUCUACUUCAUGUUCCUGUUAGUUUUCUGUUACGUGAUUUUAGUUCGUCUUCCGGUGACUCCUCCUCCCCAAGAAAUCAUCCUCAUCAUAUUUGUAUUUACACUUUUCACAGAGGAAGUCAGGCAGGUACUCCAUUCGGAAUCUAAGAGUCUACUCAAGAAAUUCAAAGAAUGGGGUUCCUGCAAAUGGAAUUUGUGUGACGGCUGUGCCAUUCUGUUAUUCUUUGUCGCUGCUGGUUUUCGCUUGAACCCAGAAACUCUCAAGAUAGGUCACAUGCUCUACUGCCUCGACAUCAUGUUGUGGAUCAUCCGGGUUCUCGAUAUUUUCUCGUUUAGCAAAGUUCUUGGACCUUAUGUCGUUAUGAUUGGUCGAAUGCUGUUUUUUGUUUUUGUUUUUGUAGAGAAUCAAAACAACACAGCGUUCAACACACCUCGUUUUGAUGCAUUUGGUGGAACACUCGUGACUGUCAUAAUGGCACUGUAUCUGUUGGUCGCUAAUAUUUUACUGCUCAAUCUCCUCAUCGCUAUUUUCAACAACACGUUUUCCAAUGUUCAAGCCAACUCAAACCAGAUCUGGAAAUUUCAGCGGUAUCAGUUGAUCAUGGAGUAUGCGCAUAGACCUGUGUUGGUGCCUCCGUUCAUUAUCAUCAAUCAUCUGCAUGUGAUAAAUAUAAGGAUGUGCAUGGGAUUGAACAGUCGCGCUCUCAACGUUAAAAAAGAUCUGGACUAUUUUUCAAUAAGGACAAAAUUAACCGCGAUGAAGG